GCAGAUCAGACAUCAUUGAUGAGGAGUUUAAUAAUAACUUAAAAUCAUUUAUUGAGCUUGCAGAUCAAGUAGGGUGGCUAGUGUACUGUAGUGAUUAAUCAAGCAAUUACUAUCAUAUAUGGAGGCUAAUUUGUACAGAUGUAUGUUGGUAGUUGUUAUUGGGGCAGUGAUGAUUGAACAAGUGGCGGCAGCACAGCACGUCGUGGGUGGCAGCCAAGGUUGGGAUGAAUCCACAGAUUUCGAUUCCUGGGCAUCUGGCAACACAUUCAAGGUCGGAGAUCAACUAGUAUUUAGGUACAAUCCGGGACUGCAUAGCGUGGUGGAAUUAGGGAGUGAAAGCGCGUACAAGAGCUGUGACACAAGCAGUCCGGUGAACAGUUUCAGCGGCGGAAACGACGUGGUGAAGCUAAACAAGCCCGGCAGCCGCUACUUCGCUUGCGGCACCGCCGGCCAUUGUGAGCAGGGAAUGAAGCUGAAGGUUACGACUCUCACCGGAAAUGCGCCGUCCAAUCCGGCCUCCACUUCUUCUGCUCCUCCUCGUCUCUUAUUGCCACCUUUCCUUGCUGCACUCUUGCUGCCCCAACUACUCAUCCUCUUCUAAUACAAUCACAUAUAUAGAUGUUUCUAUUUUCGUAAGAAUUUAUGUUUGUGGGACUUAUGAGACGACUCAUCUGAAAAUUAAAAUGGAUUGGAUUGGAUUUAGACAACAAAAAAAAGGGUAAGGUUUAGGUGAAGUGUUAGGUUUUACUACUAGCUUCCUAUUGAUUUGAAAGUGUUGAAUUGUGUUUUACUCCCGGAGUAACUUUUGAUUGAUAAGUUUUACUUUCAAAA